AUGGAGGUAGAGCGUCUGCUGGAUGUGGAAAGUGGCAGGCCAGUCGUUCGCCGACCAUGGAUGCCUCGGCUGGCCAUGGGCAUGGCCACGCUGGCAACGAUGGCUGCUCUUGCCUUGGUUCUCUAUGUGGGAGCCCAUGGCGGCCUGGUUCCAGGCAACAUGCAGCAGCUGCAACGCAAGUGGUGGACUCCUUGGGAGCAGGCGGCGGACGUUGUGCUGGGAAUCGACAUGGGGACGACUCACAGCUCCAUGGCUGUCUACAAGGACCAGGAUGAGAAGGUUGAAAUCAUCGAAAACAACGGCAAGCCGUUGACCCCGAGCUAUGUGAGCUUUGCCGGCAAGGACCCGUGCACUGGCGAGGCUGCAAAGGACAAGGUCAUGGAAUCUCCAACACAGAGCCUGUACAACGUGAAGCGCUUGAUGGGCCGGGACUUCAAUGAGCGAGCAGUGCAGGACAUGAUCAAGGUCGUUCCCUACAAGAUCGUGGACAAGUCCGGCAAGCCUGUGAUAAGCGUUAACGAUAAGGACCGGACACCUGAGGAUGUGUCCUCCUUGCUCCUCUCAGAUAUGAGGGCGGCGGCUGGGAGACAUCUGAACCAGGAGGUGAAACAGGCCGUGAUCACCGUGCCUGGCUACAGCAAUGAUGCUCAACGCCGGUCCAUAAUGGCUGCCGCCAAGAGUGCGGGCUUCACCGACGUCCAGCUCGUCAAUAAGGGCGCGGCGGAUGCCGUCGAUUAUGCUUUCAACUUCGCGAGAGGGGAUGAGAAGCUGAUCUUGGUCUAUGACCUUGGAGGGGGCACCUUCGAUGCUACCCUGGUCGAUUGGAGUGGAGACGGCCUCCUAGAGGUUUUGGCGACCGCCGGAGACACCGCUCUGGGGGGAGAGGACUUCACUGAUUUGACUACCAAACAUCUUCUGGCGAAGUUCAAAGCCAAGCAUCACAAGGACAUGGGCCCGCACUCCACCCAGGCCUUGCGCAUCAAGGUCGCGGAUGCGAUCCAGGCCUUGAGCUCCCGUCAUGAGGCGCUCAUCCAGAUGGACGUGGAUGGGGUGCACUUCAAGGAGACCCUCACGCGCGACAAGUUCGAGGACCUCAACAUGCACAGUUUCAAGGGCACCUUGGACCCCAUCAAGAAGGUCUUGAAGGAUUCGGGUAGGUCCGCGAGUGAGGUGGAUGAGAUCGUGCUGGUGGGCAGCUCCAGCCACAUCCCCAAGGUGAAGCAGCUUGUGAAGGACAUCUUCCACAAGGAGCCGAAGAUGGCUUCUCCCACGGGGGCGAGGGCAAAAGGUGCUGCGCUCGUGGGGGCUCUCCAUCGCAGUGACUUGCUCGUCCUAGAAAGGAUGCCCUUGACGGUGGGCUUCGAGGAUGUUGGAGGGACCAUGAAGCGCUUGAUUCCGCAUAACUCGGUGGUCCCGACAAAAAAAGCUCAAACUUUCAAGACCUAUGCCCCCAGCCAGCCAACAAUAAACAUCAGGGUCUUCGAAGGGGAAAGGGCCAGACCCAUAGACAACCACUGCCUGGCCGAGUUCGACGUGACGAACAUCCCACCAGGACCGGCCGGCAAGCAAAUCGAGGUCGACUUCGAGGUGGACAAGAACGGCAUCCUGACGGCAAAAGCAGCGCACGAUGCGAAGGAGCUUGUUGUAAUGAGGAGGGGCUGCAAAACAAGAAGAUGA